AUGUCGAUCCCUCCUUUAGUGUGUAGCACACCCCCUCCACCAGAUCAAUGUGAGGAUGACAAAAAUAUUGAAGAAUUUGAUUUAGAGUACAAUUUAUCACAAGAUGAAGAAGAUAUUUAUAAUUAUGGAAGCUUCUCAAAUUUUAAUGAUUACGAUGAAGGUCAUUCUUAUAAUGGAGAUUUGGGUGGACAACAUAAAAUAACUGCUCUAGAUAAAUUGACUGGUGACAAGGCAUCUGAAGCAAUUCAAACAGAAUCUUCAAAUUUUGUGGAACAAGAUAAUAUGGCUUUGAAAUGUGAUGACAUUGUAAUUGAGGAUUUAAAUUUAAAGAUAGAAAAAGGAAACAUUUUAAAAGAAAAUAUUGAAACAGAUGAAGCAAAUGAGGACAAUGAGGCUGACAUCACAUGUUUUGUUGAAGAUACAGAGGCUGUUGAUAAAACUAUAUCUGAUAAUAUUCUAGUCACAGAUAAUAAUACAAAAGAAAAUGAUAUUGAAAAAAUUACCUCUACAAAUAAUAUUUUUCCUACAAACAAUAGUAUGACAGAAGAAGAAAUGAUGGAUGACAUAGUAGUUAAUGAUGAUCAAAAAGAUGUAGAAAGUGAUUUGAAUCAAAACCUUUCAUCUGAUAUUAACUUAUGUAAAAAAUCUGACACAGACAUAGCUGUAACUGAUGAUUUUGACAAAUUUGAAGAUUUUCAUUUUACUACUGUCAGCCAAACCACCUAUGAUUUUGUUGAAAAUGUUGGGAAUCCUUGGGAAAAUAAUGAUUCUGAGGAUAUUGGUUUUGGUGAUUUCAAAGCUAAUUUUGAUAGUGGGGAAACAAAACAAGAAGAGUUACGUGAUCAACAAAGUAUAGAAAAUAGUAACACUCAAGUUACUUUAGACAAUUUUACAGAUGAUGACUUUGGGGAUUUUGAUGAUUUUAAGUCCUCUGUAAAAGACUUUAACCCCACAGUUGUUAAUGAACAAAUGCCUCCACAUGUUACUGUUUUGAAUCUUCAGGCUAAUGACAAUGAGGCACAAGCUGUAGAAAGUAUAACCAAUAUUUUAACAAAUAUUUUUACUGAAGAUAUGCCUCAUUCGGAAAAGCUGUUUGAAGGCAAUCUUGAUAAAAUGCUUAGCGAAACUUGGCACCAUUUAAAGGAUGUUGAUGAGAGGCAACCCUAUAUUGUAUACUGGAAUAAUUCAUUAGGACAAAAAACCCUUUUAAAAGCACUCUGCAUUGAUUCAAGAAAUAUAUUAUUUGGCCCAAAGAGGAACUACUUCACCCCAAAGUAUGCAACAAACUUAAGUACAGCGCCACUUAAACCCCAAAAGCCUGUGUCAACUCCAAAUAUGUGUAAUCAAUCAGAUUCUGUGCACUUGGAAAAAUCAAACAAAGAAAAUCCGUCUUGGUCAGAAGCAGAUGGACAAGAAUUCACUUAUGCUGAAGCUCUACUCCUAGACUUAGAACACCUCAUGGCCACUUUAGAUCAAAUGGCUCACAAACAAUCCACUCUGAAAAUAUCAGACCUACUGUCUACCGCUAAUAUUACAGAAAAGGAACCCAAAAUACCUAGAUCUUCAGAUAUGGAUGUUUUGGGAAACACAAUUUCAGUAACAGACAUAGAGAAGAUUCAUUCCAGUACAUUAAGUGUACAGCCAUUACGACAUAUCAAUUUGCCAGAUACACAUAUUUUUACUCCAACUGACUCAGAAACUCCAAGAUCAAAGACAAUUCACUAUGAUGAGAGACCGUCAGUAUUAUUCUCUCAGCCAAAUGUUAACAACAAACAAAUAAAUGUUGAUGCACCUAGAGCACAGCACUCUAAUGUGGAGAACAGUGAUGAUUACUGGGAAUUCCAAGACUUCAAAGGUGCAUCUGCAACUGAUGAACAAAACUUUGAGGCAGCACAGCCUGAAGAAAAAAUUGAUGUAUCUAAUAGUCCUCCAACAAUAAAAAAUGUCACAUAUCAAAUUCAGAUGUUACAACCAAUGAAAGUGGAACCAAUUAUACCUACUUUAAAUUGGCCAGAUCCUGGAGAAGUGAAAGAGACAUUUGAUGAUUUCUCUGAUUUCAUAUCAAACACUACAUGGAAUAAUGACACACCAAAUUCACUAGAUACAAACAGUGUUCUACCUAAUGAGGUUAUAUCAGUGUCCAAGGAAGAUAUUAUUGUCAAUGAUGGAUUUGAAUCUUUCCAAUCGGCAACUCCGACAUAUGUUUCAAAUAAUUAUGAUUUAUUUAAAAAUGCGGAACCAAACAAUCAUAACGUUAUGCAAUCGGAGCCCAUAAACGCUGUACCUAGUGAAGUGAAUAUGUUCGAUAUGAAAAAUAAUGAAAUUUUAUCACCUAAGUACGUUAAAAGCCAAUGUGAUUCUCCCACCAACGCUUCUGUAAAGCCUGGUCCUGCUAAUAUAUUACAGCCGAUAAGUAAUAAUCCGAGUACUGUAAUGCGUCCUCAGCAAGGCGGUCAAAUAUUGCAACCCCUCUCCUUAGAAAGUUACUCUCAGAUAAAUUGGCCAAAGCCAGGUAUAGACUUACAAAAUCUGGCAAGUUUUAAUCCACUUGAAAGUCUAGAUGCGUUGAAAAGUGAUUCGGGUUCGAGCGGCGCAAGUAAGGGCCCAUCGCCUGUACACAAAGUGAGUUCGAUCCAAAGCGAGGUAACCGACGAUGAUAUCUGGGGAGAUUUCGUUUCAAGUAAACCCAAACAGAGUGUACCAAAGAAAUCGGCCUUUGCCGAUGACGAUGAGUGGACUGACUUCGUCUCGAGUCCCAGUAUUUCGCAAAAUAGUUUAAAAACUAUAAGCUUCAACGUUGAAACCAACACUAAUUUGCAGAAAAGUUCGAAUCAAAACUCGACAAAGUAUAAUCAAAUAUCUUUAGACAUUCCCACUCUAAAUUACAUUACACCCAAAUCGAACAGCCGCGGUUUACACGUUGAUAAACAUUUCCAGAAUUUAUAA